GUGGUGAAUUUUUUCUGUUGUCAAUAUUUGUGUAUUAAUUUCAUUAAUUUACGUAUUAUUUACGCUUAGGAUUAGUAUAUAAGGCUGUUGACCAACGAAACAAGUAAAUAUGUCAUUGGAUAAAGUAAGGAUAAUCGUUGUGGGUGAUCCAUUUUGUGGGAAAUCAUCAUUUGUGAAUAUAGUAGCAAAUCAUGAAAUAUUAAGUAAUAAUCAAACGACAAUUGGUUGCCAAAUUGAAGUAAAAUUACAUGAAUAUAAGGAGGAUACGAGUCAGCAGAAGCAGUUUUUUAUUGAAUUCUUUGACGUUGGUGGUUCUAUGUCAACUAAAAAUGCAAGAAGUGUUUUUUAUCAACAGACAAAUGGGAUUAUUUUGGUCCAUGAUUUAACAAAUAGGAAAUCUCAAGAAAACUUAAAGAAUUGGCUAAUAGAGAUAAUUAAUAAGGAUGGAAAGGACGUAUUAAAAGGCAAUAAUGCAUCACUUGAGGAUCUUGAUACAGAGCAAUUUUUAGGCAUUUGUCAGAACUUAAAUUUACAGAUUCCGAUCUUAGUUGUUGGUACUAAAAAUGACUUGAUAGAUGAGAAGCAUCGGAAGCAGAGCAAGAAUCUAGGAUUUGCUCAAGAAAUUGGUGCUGAUGAAAUUUAUAUUAAUUGUCGUGAGCUUCGCAGUAUUCAAGCCGGCUCAACAAAUGCCGUCAAACUUCAGAAAUUCUUCGAUAAAGUCAUUGAGAGGAAAUACUUCUCGCGUGAUAAUUCAACAUUUUAUGAUAAGCAAAGAAAAAUCGUUGGUCUUCAAUCGCCAGCCGAACCGUCAUAUCGAUAUUAUUCACCAUUUACAUCACCGACUGUAGCCUUUGGAAUCUUCAAAAGAUUCGUUUUUUCUUCAAAUCCACCACAAAACGUGACGUGCUUAAACAAGAAUAACAAAAUUUAGACGUUAUCAAAUAUCAAAGGAAGAAAAUUUACUAAAGGCGUCAAAAGAAACACAAUCAUUUACCAUAGAAUCAAUUUGCUUUGUUAUAAAUCCGAAAAUGUCAAUUUUGGUGUGACGUCGUUGAGAAGACGUAAGCAAAUAAGACAUUAUUAAAUUAUAUUUGAGAUCUUACGGUUGUUUAUUAUAGUAA